UAGUCCGCGGCUAUACCGUUAAUUACAGCGUCGGCAGCAAAUGCAAUAUCGAUAACAUAACUCAAGCCUCCCAGUGUAUGUCUCUCUGUGUGUGUGUAUAGAACAGUGUUGCAAAGUGAUCGCUCUGAGGUGCUCAGCUGUUGUAGCGAAUAACUAAAAUUGAACAAACAAAAGAAUCUUUAAGGAAUUUAAUUGGAAAAUUCACGUGCGUGAACCGUGUGUAUUUUUGGUAUGUAAACAAAGCCAAAUAGAAAAAGAUAAGUACCAAAUAUGAAAAUGGCCCAGUCUGGGGAAGUAAAUGAAGUUGUUUAUGAUCAUCGCAUACUGCGUGAUUGGUCAAAUGUGAACAAUACCAAUGGAACAAUGCACUUUUCCAAGGAUAUGAUAUUCAAUAACGGUCAUCGUCUGUCCAUCAUAGUAUACAGCAUACUGUUUGUGAUCUCAACAAUUGGCAACAGCACGGUGCUCUUUCUGCUGACGAAGCGUCGAUUGCGGGGUCCCCUCCGUAUUGACAUCAUGCUAAUGCAUUUGGCCAUUGCCGAUCUAAUGGUGACGUUUCUGCUGAUGCCGCUGGAGAUUGUGUGGGCAUGGACGGUGCAGUGGCGUUCCACGGAUCUGAUGUGCCGUCUCAUGAGUUUCUUUCGCGUCUUCGGCCUCUACUUGUCGAGCUUUGUCAUGGUCUGCAUAUCUCUGGACAGAUAUUUUGCCAUACUGAAGCCGUUGCAACGGUCCCAUAAUCGUGGUCGCACAAUGCUGGCCAUCGCCUGGCUGGGCUCCGUCGUAUGUAGCAUUCCACAGGCCUUUCUCUUCCAUCUGGAAGAGCAUCCAGAUGUUAAAGGCUACUUUCAAUGCGUCACCUUUCAUUCGUUUGUGAACGAUUUCGUUGACAGUCUCUAUCAGAUCGCCACAAUGUGUGCCAUGUACGCAUUCCCACUGAUCGCAUUCAUUUACUGCUACGGCGCCAUCUAUUUGGAGAUCUAUCGCAAGAAUCAGCGUGUGCUCAAGGAUGUGAUCGCCGAACGGUUUCGUCGCUCCAACGAUGAUGUCUUGAGUCGGGCCAAGAAACGCACUCUCAAGAUGACCAUAACGAUUGUCAUUGUGUUCAUUAUCUGCUGGACACCAUACUAUUUCAUCUGUAUGUGGUAUUCCUUGGAUAAGUCAUCUGUCGACCAGGUUAAUUCACUCGUACGCAAGGCCCUAUUCAUAUUUGCCUCGACGAAUUCCUGCAUGAAUCCCCUGGUCUAUGGCUUGUAUAAUAUACGUGGUCGCAUGAACAACAACAACAACGUGUCGGUCAACAAUCGUCACACUUCACUCUCGAAUCGACUGGACUCGUCGAAUCAGCUGCUGCAGAAACCCAUCAGCACGUUGCAACAUGGCAAUGGCAAUGGCAACGUGGUGGCUGCUGCAGUGGCGGCAACCACAAAGCUAGCGCAUGUGGUGCGCCUAAAGACAAAUGGCGACGUACAGUCUCCGGCUGCAAGUGCACCGCUUGGCUCCCAGUUGGAUGUUGAUGACGACGUCAGCGUCAGUGUUGUCACCAUCAGGUGCCAGGAGCAGACUCCAGACCAGCCUAAGGCGCCCAACAUAUACCUGAAUUGUGGCGACUCAGGUGAAGUUUCUGGUGUGGAUAAGACAUAAAGUACGGGGUAUCUGCUGACAGAUUCAAUGACAAACAAGAACAGCGGAAACAGCUUAAUUAAGAUUUGCUACCGUUUUUGAAGCGGCUCGGAACAAAAGGCUUUUUAAUUUGCUAGCGAGUUAUCUCAUUUAAGUUACAGAUUAAAAUGUUAAAUGACAACAAAUAUGCCAGAGCAGAUCAAAACUAUAUGAAUGUAUAUAUUUUGGUCUAGGCCGUUAAAUGUUUAAAAGCUAUCAUAAAAUACGCUUAAGACGUAAUAUCGCGUAAUAUUAGAUACUCUAGUUAGUUUGCUUAUUGC